UGAAUAGAUUCUGGUGCACAUGCGCAAUUCCUGAAUUAUGGAAAAAUCCGUUCAGAACACCCAAACUUUCUCAAACCCAUCAUCUAAAAUAUAUAAUUGAAAUCUAUCUUAAAUUUUUAUCACGAGAACAAGCAGAUUACUUUCCACAAUGUAUUCGUGAUAAAUAUUUAAUCCAUACGAGCUUCUUAUGUUUUCCAUAUCCAUCUUAUUUACAAAGAAUAGACAUUGUAAAAAUAAAUCUUGCAACAGCUUUAUGGUUACGGUGGAGAUUACCUAAUUCUUUGAAAAAUUCGGGAAUGGGAUUGUUAUUAAUAAAAGAAUUAGCAAAAAUGUUGGAUAAAUAUACAAAAUCAAUCGAAGGUUUUGUUUGUUCUGUUGCUCAUCCGGUGAAUUUUUUUCAGAUAUCGAUUGAAGGGAAUAAUCACCGAAGCGGACUUUUUAGAUUAAAGAAAUUUAUUUGUCAUGGAGAUUAUGAUAAAACACAAUUAUUAAUUGAUGCUUCUAAAGUUUCAAAGAAAUUAAAAGAAUUAGAAGUUUCAAUAAUAAAGACAUUCGAUGAAGGAUUGGCAUUGAAAAGCUCUUAUGGCAACAUCAGGAUUUAA